ACCACUCACAAUUUCUGCACAGAUCUCACGACCUAGAAUUUCCAAAUUAACUUAUUUUCAUUCCCCCCAAAGCAAUCAACAUGGCAGGAAAUGAGGAGUGGAGAAAAAACGCAGACACGCACAAGAUGAGCCCGGAGGAAGUGAGAAGAUCGGGUGUGGAGGCCUCGAAGCGGCCGCCGGGCCACCACCCCGGCGAGAUCCUCCACCAGCGGCGGAGCAUGCCCUUCGGCCCUCUCUACAUUAUCCUCGCCGGCACCGCCCUCGCCGGUAGCGUAUGGUACUUCACCUUGUACGCGAAGAAGAAACCCGAGGCCACCGCCGUCGACGUGGCUAAAGUAGCCGCCGGCGUCGCCGAGCCGGAGGACACGCGGCCCCGCAAGUAGAUAUAUAUCAAUUUGUAUCUUUUUUGCUGUGUUAAAAUACUAGCUAGCUAGUAUCUUCUUUGUUAACUGCAAA